AUGAUUCACCUUGCUUCACCUUUGGUCACUUCUCCUCCAGCGACGUCAGGCCUUCCUCAUUACAAAUUGACCAACGAUAAGCUAAUACUUAUAACUGAAUGGUUUCACUCUCAAAUGGGUGUGCGACUCCUCCAUCGCACUGAUGACUACGAAUGCGACUCUUCCACUACACCUGUGAUUGCGUCCCGUCUCACCUCCCUGGCCGCUACCUUAAUAGGUUUAUCUAUUCAAUUAGAUUUUUCUUUUCAGUUAGAAAUCGAUUUCGUCGCCUCCCCAGCUCUUCAUCUCUUCACUAAAAUCUCUCUUCAUCUAUCCACUAAAAUCUUCACGUCAAAACCAUUGUGGUGGUUGUGGCGAAAUCAAAAUGCGGGAUUGAACCAUUGUAGCAGAGCGAUCUUGAAACUUUUGAUUAAUACUUCUCAAGUCGUCUCCAAGGGCUUCUGUUUGAAUCAUUUCAUUGAACGACAGGUGAAUCAGACCAUCUUCUCAAUUUAUUUGACAUUGAAGAACAGUGCGUUGAAUUUCUUUGUUGUGUCCAAUUUAUCUCGACCAGAUCUCAAUUUAUUUGACAUUGAAAAAUCAAACCUCACAAAAUCUUUCAUAGAGCCAACGGUUGAAGAUCUACGACUCCUCACACUCACAUCGCUGAUGAUUUUAAGGCCUUUUGUCCCCGAUAUCAAGGAAAAACUAGGGCUUUAUGCUCCCGACCUCACAAGGGCAGACCCAAGAACAAGGGCUUUUAUAUCAGCGUCUUUAGGAAGAACAAGGAUAUUCGCUCUUCCUCCUUCCGAAUCGACUAAUUCUUCAUCAGCUCUUGUUGAAUACAUGUCUCCCAAAUCAAAUCAGGAAGAUGAGGACCUCGAGAUGGACGACUUUGUAUUGCCCCCAUCUGAGUCAACUCGAAUCUUGAAGGACAAGGAAAUAAUUUGUGUGAAAAGAAAAGAAAUGGCUUUGGUGGAAGCAAUACAAGGGGCAGAUGCUGGUAAUUUACUUGACUAUCCAGAAGUCAACAGGAAAGAACCUGUACAUAAUGGCAUGUUACUUCUGGAAAAUGAAGAGUUUGAUAAGGAAACUGGAGGAUACAAAAGUGAAUCUGAGGAUGCUAAAGAUGAAAAGUUGGAAGAUGAACCUUCACCUAUACAAACAACUUCCAAGAAAAUAAAAGCCUCUAAAACAUCUAGGAGCUCAAAGACAAAGAGGAGUGAAGAAUAUCUAGAAGACAAUGUCCAAGGAAUUGAACAAGCCUCUACUACACCUGAUGGGGAUAAAAAGGGCCCUAGUAGAAGUGCUAGAAGGAAAAAGGCUAAGAGACAAUGGAACCGAGAACUUACUAAAAUUUCACAAAAGCGUGAUACUGAUACCCAUCUAGAAGGGACAAAUGACCACCCGAAGGGGCGUGAAAAGAGUCUAACAGAAGAAGAAGAAGAAAAAGAAGAAGAAGAAGAAGAAGACAACUAUGCUUGGUGUCAUGCUUGUUUAUCACAGCUAUCUUCUCCUUUUGGGCGGCUUGUAAUUUCAAGUGAUGGAGUCUGGGAUGCUCUUUCCACUGAAUCAGCUCUGGAAUGCAGUUGCGGAUUGGCUCCGGAAUCAGCAGCAACACAAAUUGUCAAACUUAAUGGGUGUCCACUCUCACCCACCGCUUCCUUGAUCGGUGGAGGGUCGUUAGCCGAACGGGAAAAAUGUGAACAUGGUGCUAGUCCAUGGAAUUCACACUUUGUACCUUACCAAGUUGUUGGUGGAGCGUGUGUGGUUAACCGGCACACUAACUUGGACUAGAACAUCAGGAUGGUUACGCGUUAUGAUGACAAGGAAUAUGUCCUUGAUAAGGAGUUAAAAGAUUUUGAUGAGUCUACUGCUACUCUUGAGUAG